UUGGUGAAGUCCUUAAGAGUGUUGAGGUUCGCCCGGUCGAUCUCACCUCCAGAACCGUUCAGUGUGAGUGGUCAUGGCUGCCACUUCCUUCUGGAAAACUACAGAAGGUAAGUGCUACCUUUUGAAAAGGACCUCACCUUUCCCACGACAUUGCCAAAGCCCUCACAAGGAGUGUCCCACGGACGAAAGCCACAGCUAAACUCUCGUCCUCAAGGGCAACUAUAUACGCCCACCUACCAUGACCAUGAACACUGCCAAUUGCAUGUCUGGAGCUCGGCAGACGGGACCCGACGCUGCAAUCACGUCCUCGCAAUCGCAAACCGGCCAUAAUGCAGCAAAGAUGGCUUCGUCGACGUCCUUGUCUGGAAGUCGCUCCUCCGAGGGGCCGGACCAAAUAUCCCACAUGGCAAAUACCACCUCCAAGCACGAGAACGUCAGGAACAAUCUCACCAUGCACCCCGAACCACCUGAUGAGCACGGCCUUCCCGUCGAAAACGGACAGCAUCAGUCUUCAUCUCCAGAUGGAAGUCCCACCAGAGUGGAAAUCGAUCCCACCUACCUGACCCCAGUGGCAACAGAUCGACCCCCAACAACAAACUCCAACAACCUCCCAACACCAAUGCUCUACGGUUCCAAUCCGUGCUCCCCAUGCAUCUCUGACUCGAAUCUCUCCCUUCUCUCCCUCGGGUCCUCCCUCCCCACCCUCCGCACGCAGCUCCCAAGAGCGACAUGCAACAUGUGCAACCGCGAAAUGUGUCCUCAGUGCGACCCGGCCCACAACCACGUCUGCGGAGUCUAUCUGGAAGCGGCGCGCAAGCGGAACGGCAACUCUCUCCGUGGAAAUGAGUACAUGAAUAUAUUUGUGUGGGCGUGGGAAGGGACGAAGAAUGUUGUUGUCCCGCGGAGGUUCUUCAGAGAUUUGGAAGUUGGGACGGGGAGGGAAUGGAGGGCGCCUAGGACGAAAUGGUGGAGGAGAGUUGUGGGAUGGGCGUGUUGGGGGGUUGGAAGUGUAGUGAUAGUGGUGUGGUUGGUGGUGUGGAGUCCGGUGUUGGUGGGGGUGUGGUUGGUAGAGGAUGAGGUUUGGAAGGCUGAGGGGGAGAAGGGGAAGGGGUGGUAGGUUUAUAGGUUGGGCUGUGGAAGAGCUGUUAUAGAGAAAAUCAAAGUAUGCGUC